GAGGGCUUUCAGGUACUAGGGUCAGUCAAGGUCUUGCUACGCAAUAGGACACACACAUUUUUUAUUCCUCAUUGGAAUUAUAAUCUUCGGUAAAAAUAAAUCACAAGCAUCGAAAAAUUAGAGCACUUUACUGAAAUAAACUGAUUGAAUACUUUUCAAAUGGUUAAAAAAAUCGUCGCAUCAAUUUUUGUCGGUAUUGAUUAAUGGAAAGUAAAGUUUACGAAUUUUUUACAAUAAUAAUAAUCAGAGCAUGUACGUGAUACUGUAAUUAUAUUUAACGAAAGAUUCAAUUUUUUUUUUCAUAAUUUGAAGAAAAAAUUUAUAAGUUACUCAUGUUAUAUGAUUUGAGAUUUUUUUAGGAUAAUAACAUUUAACUGAUUAGUUUUUUCAUAAGUGAAGUGUUAAAAAACAAUUGGAUUUUAAGUGUGUGACUUGCCCGAUGAAGCAAGAAAAGGAUUACUGAAUAGUAUUAAAAUAUUAAAUACAUCAGUAAAAUGUGUGAAACAGUACCAAGAACAUGGAUGAUGAAACCAGAGAUUAAUUGCGACGAUGUAAGAGUUCCUACCGGUUCCCUAUCACCCCCUGCCACCCUGUCUCCGCCAAGCAGUCCAAAUGUCUUGUCAGCAUCGCCCUGGAGUCCAGGUGGUCUUACCAGUGGUAGCAACAGCUCUUGCAACGUCGUCUCUUAUCCAUCGGCGGGCAGCCAGCUCGCACCUGACCACCGACUUAGCGCAUUUACCCUUGCAUCUGGUUAUGCUUCUGAUCCUAGGCUGCAGAAGUUAACACAUGUACCCGAAUUAAACUCCCGUGUUACAGAUAUGCGUUGUGGUCUAAUGUAUGGUGGAUGCAGUACAGCCUGGUGGACUCAUCAUGCGGUAGGCCUUCUGCUACCACAUUCCCUUUUGCCACCCGAAAUUCCGACACAACAGACAACACUUGUUACCAAACGCUCUUCAUUGCAGCAUGAACGAACUAGUCCUGACCGAGCGAGUCCACCUAAGCAGUCUUUACCUGAGAAAGCACACUUUAUUGCGGAAAGAAUGACACAAUUUACUGAAGAAGAUGAAGAAGAAGACGAAGAAGAAGUGCCAUUAAAUCUCAGCACAAAACCGAGUGAUAUAUCGUCCGGUAUAAAUCGAAAGUGUGAGAUUUGGUCACCUGGUGCUGUUUGUGAACGUGAAGCCAAAGAGACUUCGACACAAAUUUCACCAUCAACUACACCAUCAAUUAUUGUCCGACCGAUUAAUCACUCACCCCUUACACCACCUUCUAAUGAUAGAAGUUUUCAGUGUAAGCAAUGUGGAAAAGCUUUCAAGCGAUCUAGUACAUUGAGCACUCAUCUUUUGAUUCACUCAGACACUAGACCUUACCCUUGUCAAUAUUGUGGCAAGCGGUUUCAUCAAAAGUCUGAUAUGAAGAAACAUACAUACAUUCAUACUGGUGAAAAACCUCAUAAGUGUGUUGUCUGCAGCAAAGCAUUUUCACAGAGCAGCAAUUUAAUAACUCACAUGCGAAAGCACACAGGGUACAAACCUUUCCAGUGUGGCUUAUGUGAGAAAGCAUUUCAAAGAAAAGUUGACUUGAGAAGACAUCGAGAAGGUCAGCAUCCUGCUGCUCCUGCAUUAGAUUACCGGUCCCUUCAAAUUCCAAAUUUAUCGAACCAACGUUCAUAUUCACCGAUUCAUAUUCGUACCUCUAAUUAUCAUGCAGCUGCUAAUUUUGCCGAUAGCUGAAAUAAACAAUUAAAUUACAGUUGGAAAAUCGGCUGGACCAAUGAAGAUAACUAUAAAAAUUUGAAAAAAAGUUUAAUUUAUUUUCUUAAAAAUACGUACUGUAAAUCCGUCCACUAAUUAAAAAAAAAUACUAGCUUUAUAUGAAUAGUCUAAAAUCAAGAACAUAUAUAGAUAUAUGUUCAAUUAAUAAAUUAAUUGAGAAAUAAUUAAAGAAUUAUUUCGAACUAUUAUUAUAGUAUUAAAUCGAAAUAACUUGGGAAUAAAUGUUCAGAUAUAAUUUUUAUUAGUUAAUAUAUUAUCAUGUACAAGUGCCUGACCGUGCCUUUUUUAGUGGUCGCCACAUAUCUGAAAUUAAUUUAUUUUGUAACUAUGUAUUUCAUUCACUGUAUAUAAAAGACAUAUAUGAAAUCGUCGGUAAUUAUUUAGAAUUGCUGUCUAUCCUAUUUUUCAUCAUUUGUUUUUUUUUUUUUUUUUUUUACGUGAUAGUUGUUUUUUUUGCGCAUUUUGUUCAGUAAUAGUAAUUUU